GAUAUACUUCUGGAACUGACAGCAAGGAGAGGGAUAACAUGCUGUUAAAUCCAGUAAUAUCCAAGCUGAGUGGAAAGCUUGUUGUCCUGGCAAGUGCAUCUCCAAGACGGCUGGAGAUUUUAUCGAAUGCUGGUUUACGAUUCGAGGUUGUUCCCUCCUGGUUUAAAGAAACAUUGGACAAAUCCUUGUUUAAAAAUCCAUAUGAAUAUGCAGUGGAGACGGCUAAACAAAAGGCUUUGGAGGUGGCUCAACGAAUGCCAUUUAAACACUUGAAAACUCCAGAUAUUGUAAUCGGAGCAGACACUGUUGUGACAGUUGAUGGCUUGAUCUUGGAGAAACCUACGGAUAAACAAGAUGCUUACCGUAUGCUGUCCAGGUUGAGUGGUAAGGAACAUAGCGUCUUCACAGGUGUUGCCAUUGUGAUCUGCCAUGAAAACACUGGUACAGAUAUGGACUACAAAGUAGUUGAUUUUUAUGAAGAGACAAAAGUUAAAUUUGCAGAGUUAUCUGAGGAGAUGCUCUGGGAAUACAUCAACAGUGGAGAGCCCAUGGACAAGGCUGGUGGUUACGGGAUCCAGGCAUUGGGUGGCAUGUUAGUGGAGUAUGUGCAAGGAGAUUUUCUUAAUGUGGUAGGCUUCCCUCUUAACCAUUUCUGCAAGCAGCUGGGGUUGAUUUUCAACAGCCCACCUGAAAGCCCCACACACAAGAACAAAUGGGAUUCGGAUGUGGCUUGGACUCUGGUUAACAGCCUUUCUGAAGGCGCCGCAAAUGUGGAGGUUAAGCUAUUGGAAAAUGGUAAAGAUUGCAGUAGGACGUCUAUGCAAGAUCAGAAUGUGAUGGGGCCGGAGUGUGCCAAGUGCAGCAGACAGGAUGUCCCCCACAGUAUUAUCAACUUACUGGAUGGGUUCAAAGCUUCAAAGACUCUAUUCACAGCAUCCAAACUGAAGGUGUUUGAUGUGUUGAACGGCUCUGAAAGUCUGACAUUAGAAGAGGUUGCUGUCCAAAUCAACGCCUCUGUUUUAGGCACCGAGAGGCUUCUGGAAGCUGCUGUCUCUUUAGGGCUGCUAGAAAGGGUCAAACAGCGAGAUACAAGUGUGUACAGAAAUACAGAACAGGCCAGUCGCUUCCUGGUAUCGGACAGCCCGGUGUCUCUGCAUGGCUACAUUCUCCACUGCAAUGAUAUGGUGUGGCCUCUCUUCAGUCAUCUAGAGAACGCUGUCGUGGAGGGCAUCAGCCAACAUGAGCGGGCCUUUGGGAAGAAGAAUGAGGAUGUGUUUCAGGAUGCCUACUACAGUAAAGAUGAAGUUAAGAUACGAUUCAUGGAUGCAAUGCACAGCAUUGCAAGAGUGACUGGAAAAGAUGUGGCAACAGCGUUUGAUCUUUCUUCAUAUAAAACAGCCUGUGACAUUGGAGGUUGCACUGGUGCCAUGGCGUACGAGUUAACAAAAGCCCACCCGGGACUGUCAGUUAUUGUAUUUGACUUGCCACAAGUCAUUGAGAUGAGACGCCACUUUAAACCUAAAGAAGAUGAUGACAGGGUGUCAUUUGUUGCAGGAGACUUCUUUAAAGAUGACCUGCCUAAAGCAGACCUGUAUAUUCUUGCGCGAAUCCUCCAUGACUGGUCUGAUGAGAAAUUGCAUUUAUUAUUGAGCAAACUGUCCAAAAUGUGCACACAAGGUUGUGGACUUCUGGUGUCUGAGAUCUUCCUGGAUGAGGAGCGGAAAAGGCCGAGCCGGGCCCUGCUGCAGGCCCUCAGUAUGACAGAAGGAAAGCAGAGAAGCACCGCAGAGUACAGUGACUUACUAGAGAAGCAUGGCUUCACUCUCAGACACAUCCAACACACAGACAACCUGCUAGAUGCCAUGCUAUUUGUCAAAGAAGAUCCAAAUGACAAUAGAACGUUACUAGGCUGUUCUUCAGCAUCCAUUGAGACUGCUGAACUUGAGUGAUAUAACUACAGCAUUUGUAUCAGAAACACUACAAUUGACUUAUUCUAGUUCAUCAACUGGGGGAAAA